AUGAAGAAUGUGAUGAGCUUCUAUGCAAUCAAGAACCAUUUUCAAUAUAAGGUAACAAAGUUUUGCGGAAAAGAAUAUAGUCUGAAUUGUCUAGAUGAUAACUGCAAGUGGAAAUUUAAAGCAUCAAAAAAGGGAAACACAAACAUAUUUAUAGUAAGAAAAUUCAACGAUAUACACAAUUGUUCUUUAGAGAACAGAUUGCAUGCUCAGCGACAAGCAACUACUGUCGUAAUUGGAGAGUGUAUCAAAGUGAAAUAUUUGAGUAUCAAAACAGUAUAUACUCCAGCAGAUAUAUUAAGAGAUAUGAAAGAAGAAUACGGCAUCACUAUGAACUAUCAGAAGAUAACAAACCCUGGAUCAGUUGCUGAAAUAAAAGCACGGGAUGAUAACAGGUUUGAAUAUGCAUUUAUGGCUCUUGACGCAUCAAUUAAAGGGUGGAAAUAUUGUAGACCUGUGAUGGUUGUUGAUGGAACCUUUCUGAAAUCCACAUAUGGUGGAACAAUGCUCACUGCAAUAGCACAAAACGCUUCCGGUAAGCUGUUUCCACUUGCAUUUUGUAUAGCUGAUUCAGAGAACAAUGCUUCUUGGGAAUGGUUUUUUGUUAAAAUAAAGCAAGCAUUUGGUGUAAGAGAGGGUCUAACUAUCAUUUCAAAUAGAUGUGAUAGUAUAGCAAACACAAUUAACGAAGUGUACCCAGAAGCAACCCAUGGAAUAUGCAUGUUCCAUUUGUUCAACAUUUUAAAAACAAAAUUCAAAAGAAAUGCGAGAAACAUUAAAGAUUCAUUUUUUGGGGCUGCUAGAUCAUACACAAAGGAUAGGUUUGAAUACCACAUGAGCGAGCUUGACGAAGAAAAUAAAAGUAUUCGUCCUUAUCUUGAAAGUGUGGGAUAUGAGAAAUGGACAAGAGCAUUUUGCGAGUCCAAUAGAUACUCAGUAAUGACUUCAAACCUAGCUGAAUCGUUCAACGCAGCUACUAAGGCAGCAAGGGAACUACCGAUAGCAACAUUGCUAGAGUAUUUACGCAGUUUGACGCAACAAUGGAGUGUUACAAAUAGAAGCAUAGGCGAAGCAACAUUCAUAAAAAUUUCAAGACAAGCAGAAGCAAUGCUAGAAGAAAACACAAUUCAAUCCUUAAAACUAUCUAUUUCAAGUACACGAGAUAUAUUGCCCGCAUGCAAUUGCAGUAGUAAAAGAACUUCAUCGAAACACUUAUCGAUACUGCUUAGCUUACUAUACCAAAGAGACUAUGUUUGCGACAUACAAGGAAACAGUAAUACCCAAUUCCUGGUUCAAGAACAUGGAACAUACCUGAUGAAGCGAAAGAAGUUAUCAUUUUGCCACCUCAAGGAAAGAUUCAGCCUGGAAGACCAAAAAAGAGUAGAUACAGAGGAGAAUGGGAGUUCAAGCAGCAAAAUAAUUGCGGUAAAUAUAGAAAGAAAUGGCAUAAUAAGAAGACAUGUAGAAAUUUGCCAAUAUGAAAUUGUUUAG